AUGUCCGAGGCAGCACUCACCACCUUCGCUUCUGUUGCAAUUCUCGGAAUCGUCGGCUACAGUUAUACCAGAUACUACAAGCACAUGGUCCUGGAGAAGAUGGAGAAUGCUUUCCGCCCUGGCGAUCCCGCUCUCGAAUUGGCCGCCUCGUCGAAACGCCAGCCCUACUCGCCCAGCACCCACACCAACGAAGACGGCGCGGACGAGCAUUGGAUCCUGCGCGAGGAGCAGGAGCUCAUCGACUCCAUCGUCUCUGGUCGCUUGCAAGGCAACUACCACCUGCUGAUCGGAGAGAAGGGGAGUGGCAAAUCCAGUAUGCUGCUUGAUGCCAUGGCCAAGAUCGAGGGUGAGGGGUGUGCCAUGGUAGAUGCCCACGCCGACCCCGAGAUCUUCCGCAUUCGGCUGGGUAAGGCGUUGGACUUUGAAUUCCACGAAGACAACAUUGGAUCUCUCUUCUCCAUCCGAGGCCCGCGCGAUGCGAGUGCGUUGUUGGAUGUGGAACGCGCGUUCAAUAAGCUGGAAAAGGUGGCACUGAAGCGGAGAGCAAAGGUCGGCCGGCCUCUGAUUAUCAUCUUCAACAGUAUGCACCUGGUAAGGGAUGACGAGGAGGGGCGGGAUUUGCUGGAACUUCUGCAGCAACGCGCGGAAUCGUGGGCGGCCAGCAGCUUGGCCACGGUCGUGUUCAACAGUGACGACUACUGGAUCUACGAACGGCUUAAGCAAUACGCCACUCGGAUGAACGUUAUUCCCAUCCUGGACUUGAGCAAGCCGAAGGCCAUAUCUGCUCUGUGGAACUAUCGCCGGAAAUACCACAACGAACAACCCGAGUUGGAGGUGCUGGAGAAGGUGUACGACAAAGUGGGCGGCCGGCUGUCGUACAUCGGCCGCAUCGCCAAGUCCAGCGACAUGCUGAAAAUGGCCGAUCACAUCUGUCGGACGGAGAAGCAAUGGUUCCUCAAUCAAUGCUGGAUCCUCGGCGCGGAAAUGGACGACGACGUAAUGGACCAGCAGAAAUACGCAUCGGCAGCGAUGGUCCUCGCCAAAGCUCUCGUCGAUCUGGAAAAGGACAUGGAAUCAACAUACGAUGCGGAGAAAGGCCACAUCCUCCCGCAAAUGCCCCUCCACAAAGCACGCCAAGUCAUGACGCGCGCCGACUUCAUCCAAUCCUACGACGCCAUCAACGUCUUCACCAUCGACAGCAACGCCAUGGUGCGCGCCGACAGCGUGCCGAUGAUGAACGCCUUCCGCGAGGUGUGCGCCGAGGAGGGCUUUGAGGGGUUUUUGGAGGCGACGCUGACUCGUAUCGGCGAUAUUGAGUCGUUGGGCCGCACGCGGGAAUUGACGAUCAAGGAUUUGUGGGAUCGCGGGCGGUAUGAUGUUAAGACUUUUGAUACCAAGGGCCGCGAGACGGGGAGGUUGACGUUCCAGGUCGCUGAUAAGGAGGGUGAAGAUGAGGGGAAGAGCGAGUGA